CUUUUUUUUCCUUUUUUUCUUUUCAUUCUUUUGUUUCUCUUUUUGCUGAUCGAGUCUUCUUUACGAAUCUAAGCAUGAGCUCGCCUUCACUUUUAUGUAGAGUGAAAGCGCUCUAUCCUUUCGAGUCAAACGACCCUUCUUCUCUUAGGUUCGAGGAAGGCGAUUUUAUUGAUGUCUUGGCUAAACUGCCUUCUGGUUGGUGGGACGGGUGGUGCAAUGGACAACGUGGUUGGUUUCCAAGCAAUUAUGUCAAGAUCAUUGAAGAGUAUGCUGGUAGCACAGAGCCUGUAAACCAAGUGAAGCAACAGCAGACGAAUCUAUUUGAUGAUAGCGUAGGAGAAAACUACAGUCUUGAAAACGCAUUACCAUCUCAUUGGAUAAUACAAACUCGUCAAGAUGGAAGAGCGAGUUAUUUUCUAAAUACAUUGACUGGUGAAAUGAGAUCAACUUGGCCCUCUGAAAGCUCUGCUAAUUAUUUCUAUGACGCAUCAGAUGAUGAAGAUUCAGGAAGCUCAACUAUAGAAAGCAACCCACGAUCAGAUCCUGUAUUUGUUACAGAUGGGAAACAAAAAGUAAAGUGGAACCAGAGUUCAGAAAAUACUUUUCAAAAUGCACUUGACACCCCAUGGCAGCCUAAUACACAGGAAUUUUUACCUAAUAACCGAGAAACCAUACAGUCAGUAAGCCCUUUGGACAGCUCGAGCCCAUUGACUUGGCGCAAACUAUCUAUUCAUGUCACACUCGCCAUUAACAAUCUAAUUCUAGCUGUCAAAAAUGGACAAAAAGCAUUUUCUAGCAAACAAGCUGCUUCUGUUGUUGAUGCUGUUCGAUUCAUGCUUGUUUCUUCAGGUACAAUGAGUCGAGAAUCUAUUCAUAUAAAAACCAAUUAUGCCUUGCGAUCACAUCACCGAGCCAUGAUGGCAUCUAUGUCCAAACUUGUCUUGUCUGCACGACUCUGCACCUAUGGCACAGCAAAUGAUGUAGGCAAAUUACUGACAGAUUGUCGUGAACUUCUAAUUGCUGUACGCAACUUUAUUAAUACUUGUGAAAGUAUUCCUGUUCAAGUUAGUCAUGCUGAACCCAUUAUACUUUCUCCCGAAGAUGAACACAAUCCAGAAUGGGAAGGCAUUUUACAGCAGCAGCAGCCAAUCAAUUCAAUAUCUGGCUAUACAAUUGAUCAAGGCAUUCGUGCCAAGUAUCAAUUGAGACCAGAAUUAAAAGAGAAUCUGGACGCUUAUGGUGCAAGUGUACAAGAGUCGAUUGAAUCACUUAUGGCAAGCUUAAAUCGACAUAGCGAUUCUCGUUGCUCGCUCGCCGUCUUGUUAUUUACACAGUAUAGAAAUUUUAGCAACCAAAACGGUCAAUUUCUUUCUAUUGUUGAAGACACGGACUUUCAGAGUGUUGCGGGUUCUCCUUUGAUUCACGGGAUUAACUUGGCCAAACAGAAACUCUAUGACGGCCUUGGCAAGUUGUUUUUCAGUAUGCAGACCAUGACAGAUGAAAAUAUACCCAUGGAUAAAAUAGAAAAUGAUAUGCAAGAAGCUUCUGACAGUAUUAUUUCUUCAGUCAAAUCUUUAUGCAACCAUAUUGCCGAGUUAGUUAUUGAACGCAAUCAGUCUCGUAUAGGCGGCAUAGAGGAGGAAGAAGAAAAAGAAACAUCUUCUCAAGAAGAUCUGUUUGCUUGUUUCCUUCGAAACUCAACAGGGUCGUUUAAUUUAAAUCUAUCUUCUGAAUUACUCAAAAAUACAUCCUAUUCUUAUUCUCUUGAUGAGCUCUUAUUAAGAAAUAUGAGCUAUACAAGCGAUAUAUCAGUUACCAAUGGUAAGCGAAGCAAGUCACUUACAAUGGAGCUCAGGCAACCAGAGACAACCAACUUGAAAUCCAUUUACCGAGCAUCAGCACCUAUAUCCGAUUUAAGUUUGUUCUCGAGAACUAGUCUACAUCGAUCUACAACAGUUGAUUCCAAGCACUCGAAUGCUAAACUCAAACAAUUUUUUGGAGACGAAGUACCCGAACCAUCUACUGCUGCAGGCACACCUAUCUCUAGUACUACUGAUGUGCCUAUGCACCCAUUAGGAGGCUCAAAGUCACUUGAUCCUUCUAGUGAUGUUCUUGAAGGAGAAGAACGCUUUUUGCAAUAUGACUACAGUCCCAACGAAAUUGUGUUUACUGUAGACGGCAGUGUCAAAGGAGGCACAUUAAGAGCUCUAGUAGAACGUAUGACAUUGCAUGAUUAUCUUGAUAUGAACUUUAACAGUACUUUCUUGCUUACUUAUCGUUCAUUUUGUACAUCGCUUCAAAUGCUGGAGUUACUUGAAGAAAGAUACAAUAUACAACCACCACCCGGUUUGACAGCAAAAGAACUCGAAACUUGGGUUACCAAAAAGCAGAAACUAAUUCGAUUACGUGUGUUCAAUCUACUCAAAAUCUGGCUUGAGCAAUACUAUUAUGAAGAAGACUCUGUGAUACUUGAUCGACUCUUGUUCUUUACAAAUACCACCCUGAAAGAAACACUUAGUUUUUCAGCAUAUCAAUUAGAACGACUGAUUGAGAAACGCAAGAAUGCGUGCAAGGACUUGAGAAAGCUUGUUAUUACACAACAACAAGAUAUGCCAGACCCUAUCUUGCCUCGUAACCUAAAGAAGUUUCGCUUACUUGAUCUGGAUCCUAUUGAACUGGCGCGGCAGUUGACUUUAAUGGAUUUCAAGCUCUACAGUUCCAUUAAACCUGUUGAGUGUCUUGAUAAAGCAUGGUCUCGAGACUCGAAGUAUGAAGACGGUCGCACACCUGUGGCAGCUAAUAUACAAGCUUCGAUUAAUUAUUGCAACCAAGUCACUACCUGGGUAUCAGAUGAAAUCCUUAGCCAGUCAGAAGUCAAGAAGCGAAGUAUUUUGAUCAAAUACUGGGUCAACGUAGCAGAACGUUGCCGACAACUCAAUAACUUCAAUACAUGUAUGGCCAUUUUAUCUGCCUUUGAUAAUAGCUCAAUUGGCCGCUUAAAGCGUACAUGGGAGUUGGUAGGUGCACGCACACAUCAUGUUGUGUCACAGAUUCGAAAACUGAUGGGUGCUAAUCGAAAUUUCACCCAAUACCGAGCACUUAUUCAUUCAGUCAAUCCGCCUUGUAUUCCUUUUUUGGGCAUUUAUUUGCAAGAUUUGACCUUUAUUGAAGAUGGUAACCCAAACUUCCUCAAGAUCUCUAAAAACUUAAUUAAUUUCGCUAAACGGGUCAAGACAGCAGAAGUGAUACGAGAAAUUCAACAAUACCAGACAAUGGCUUAUCACUUUAGACAGAUUGAUGAAAUACAGGCAUUUAUAACUGAAAAUCUACGCAGUUCAAGAGAUGAAGAUCAAUUGUAUAAAGAAAGUCUUCGAUUGGAGCCCAAGGAAAGAGACGACGAGAAAAUUACACGGCUCUUGCAGGAAUCUGGCUUUUUGUAA